CGCCCCGGGGCGGUGCCGCGGAGCUCGCAGGCCUGCGCGGCGCUGGGGCGGCAGCCAUGGAGGUGCAGGUGGCGCCGCUGCGGGCCUGGGACGAUUUCUUCCCCGGCUCGGACCGCUUUGCCCGGCCCGACUUCAAGGACAUCUCGAAAUGGAACAACCGGGUGGUCAGCAACCUGCUCUACUACCAGACCAACUACCUGAUGGUGGCCGCCGCCGUCGUCUCCAUCGUGGGAUUUCUGAGUCCCCUGAACAUGCUCAUUGGUGGCACUGUGGUGGUGCUGGUGUUCAUGGGCUUUGUGUGGGUGUCGCACAACAAGGACAUACUCCGCAGGCUGAAGAAGCAGUACCCAACCACAUUUGUGGUGGUCAUCAUGCUGUCUAGCUACUUCUUGAUCUCCUAUCUGGGAGAUGUCAUGGUGUUCAUGUUUGGGAUCACACUUCCUCUCCUCUUGAUGUUUGUCCAUGCUUCUCUGAGGCUCCGAAACAUAAAGAACAAGCUUGAGAACAAGAUGGAAGGAAUAGGCUUGAAGAAGACCCCGAUGGGCAUCAUACUGGAUGCUCUAGAACAGCAAGAGGAUAGCAUCAACAAACUGGCUGACUACAUAUCCAAAGUGAAGGAGUAAGCAGCUGCAACGUGGCAUUUUUACCUAUUGCAGGAGAGUAGUUGCUAUUUACUAUUGUUCAAGCUUGCUUUCAGUUUGUGUACAAAAUGGGAAAUGUACCUGGCACAGAUUAGUAGUUGCAGGAUACAGGUAUUCCAGGGUCUUCAGUGCUCCUCUAAGAACAUAAGAGCAGCAACUUUUUUUCUAUUGUAUAGCAAAAUGUUCUGGUGUUUACACAAAUACAUACUAACUUCAGUGUGUUUGCUUGUCUCUUCUUCUGGGGGUAGAGGAGGAAGGGAUGGAAACCUAUGGAAUAGUCUUUCAGACUGUUGUGCAGCAGAUUUGUCUGUUAGUAACACCCCUUGCAUCUCACUUUAGGCAGUUUCUGCUGGGUAGCACCUUCAGGCUGGCAGUGUUCAAGGUGACCUGGAAUGUAUCAAAAGCAGGUAUCUCCUGCAUCCUCCAGAUCUCUCACUUGACUGGUCUGUACGAGACCAUGUUGCUAGCUUAACUGGCAAGCAGUAAGACUGUGCAAUACUUGUCAUGAAUAUGGGUUCCUGUCCUUGCCUCACAUUCCUCCUUUAGCAGCUGGGGAACAGUCUAAGCAGAUCUAAACAUUAAGGAUAUAUUUGACAGUGUCCCUCUCUCAGUUCCAAUAAAAUGCACCUUUAUUUUUUUUCCAAAAAUUGUGAUUUAUAGAAGCUGCUCCCCUCGUGCAGGAAAGCCAGGCUUGCUUGCAUGCCAGCUAAACUGGUCACGCACGGGAGGGAAAAAAAACAACUAUCCUGAGAUAAGUUGGAUGGGCUAGGUUUCUACCCUACUGAUGUUCUUCUGUACUGCUACUUUAGGACUUACCUUGUUCUGCUUUAGUCUGUAGAGGUGUUUAGUAGAUGGAGGUGUAUGUGUGUUCUCCAGCAUGGGUCGUUUUCUUCCUUUCUUAACCAGAAUGCAAAGCUACAAAUAAAACAUGCAUCUCUCUGACUCUCUACUUCUGACACUCUUCAAAGGAAUAAACUGGAUUUCAGGUUUACAUGAAAAAAGCAAUAAAUUUCAAGAUACAGUUUUUGAAAACCCAUUCCAAAUUCAUGAAGAUACUUGCCUGUAACAACUCCUGGAAGUGAUGUGUGGGAUUCUUUUAUACGUAUUUUAAAUUAACUGCCAGCUCUGAUGGAAUUACCUUGAUAACAGGAGCUUACCAACAAUGGGGGGGGAAAAAUUGUCCAGGUGACACUCCAUUUCAAGCAUUCUUGCAUUUCUCUUUUCUAACAAAGUAAUUGCUUAAAAAAAAAAAAAAAGCACGGAUCCUUAAAGCUUUUAUGUAACUUAUCAUGCUGUUUUCAUCGUGAACUGUGUAGAAAUCUGAACAUGUCAUUCCAUUUAAGUGUUAAAGUGAUCAGUAUUUAUUGAAAAGGUCUGUAUAUCCCAGCUGAAGAGUCAAUCACCUGUUCCUCACUUGUAGUGCAUGGUCUUUGUUUUUUGAGAACUCUUUCCACACCUAAAAAAUGUAGUAGCCUAUGACUUCAUCAUGACUGUACGAUUUUAAAAACUGCACAGUUAAGAAAAAUAAAUUCUAAUGGUGA